AAAUAUGGCAACGGCCACAUUCUUCAUUCAGGUGUUCUUUUUUAUUAUGAGAAUGCUAAUAAAUAUCCCUACAUUGACAAAAUAUCUGUAGGAGAGGACGAUUAUAAAACGGAUUUUGUUUAUCAAUUUGUAAAAAAUAAAUUUUUUUACCAAUGGGAUAAUCGUAACACAUCUUGUUUUGAUAACAUAAUUGGACCACCUGAGAAAUAUACAAAUUAUGACAAUUCUUGUCAGCCGUUUGAUGAGACUGCUUAUGAAUCAAGAUCAGACGAAGUAGAACUGAACUUAAUUGAUUGCCAAUUUUUGAAUUGGAUUGGCAAAUACAAUAUGAAUACAAAUUUUAUUAAUAUUGAGUUUCAUGAAGCUGUAUAUCCUAUUAAACUCUGCAUGCACGUAAUAGAUAAUUCUGAUAACUUAGUUCGAAUUUGGGUUAAAAAUUAUGAUAAUCAGUGGUUUAUGUUAUGGCACAAAAGUGAUGGAUCUUGUCUCCAACGAGAUUUAACCCUAUUUUUACUGCCUUUACGAUUGUGUAAAUUUAAAACUGUAAUGCUGAGAUUAGAAUUUCAAAAUAGCAUUUUAAGUUUUAAUUGCACAAAACUAGCUGCUGUAAUGCUUAUCGGUACAUCAGAAUUAAUACUUCCUAAAAGACCCAAUCAAGAUUUAGCUUAUCUAUUGAAAUAUAUCAAGAAUUCCAGUAGAUGGAUUCCAGGGGAAAUUCCUUAUUUAGAUAUUGGAUACGAGGAUAUAUAUUAUCUUCAAAAGGAAUUUCGUAAAUAUUUCAUUAUUUCUAAAAGAAUUGGAUCUAAAUUACUGUGGAGAAGAUAUAACCAGUGAAGGAGUUUCGUAUCUCGAAAGACUCGAAUUUUUGGAACGUUUACAUCUUCAAGAGAUAGAUUAUAUAGAAAUUUAUACUCUUUGUAAUAUACUGAGGAAUAAUCGACAGAUGCGUGACUUGAACAUAGCAGGCGUACUAAUAGGUACGCCUACAGUGGAUGUAGUUGCAAUAGAGUUGAAAAAUUCAUGUCCAAAUUUGGAAAGCAUAAAUUUCGAAGGAGAAAACUCUAUUACGUGGCAAGGUAUUGAUGCUCUUGCUGAGUGUAAAAAUUUACAGGAAUUGAAUAUUGGAGGGUACGUGACUUUUUUUAAUACAUAUUACCAUAUUUUCAUUGAAAAUUCGAUCUGUUUGCCUGUCUUACAUGCAUUUUGAAACAGCUAUAUUUUUUUAUUUGCGAAUGAAGGACUGUAAUAAUCAUAACUCGUUUACAACAGGUGUGUAAGCUACAAUUGGAGUAGUGAUAGUUUCCAUAGAUUGUUAUCUUCUUGUCAACACUUGGAAAAUAUCAACUUAGGAAAUUUUCAGGGAAUCACCGAUCGUGAUUUGACAACACUGAUGCUGUGCAAAAACUUAAAAUACUUAGAUUUGUCAAACAUACUUGUACCAUCUGACAUAUGUUCCGAGAUUUUAUUGAAGUGUUCGAAACUGGAAAAGAUUGAUCUUUACUGUACUGGUAUUAAGAAAAGUUUGAUUGAUCAAUGGAACGAAGAAUAUCAGCAUAUAUUAAUUAUCCAUGAUAAUGUAGUUUAAAAAUUAUGAUUCAUCACAAAUGUGCUAAUUAUUUAGAAUAUGGAUCUUAUCACAAAUUUUGAUAUAUACUUAUUCAAUUUUAAUAUGAAACGACAGAAUCUGACAGAGAAAGAACGCUUAGUCUCGCAAAGCAAAUUGUUAAUACUGAAAUAUACCCAAUAAAUAAAGAUUAAUUGAAAUUAA